AUAAUGGCUUUGUAUAAUUGCGUCUGAUGAACCUCCCAGGCUGUGCCAGAGCGAACCAGUUGAGCGAACCAACAGUUUAUUUCUCGCCGCAAGCAAAUGGGCGCGGCUUAAGCCGCCCACCGAUAUAUGAACGAUGUAGUUGCUCAAUUCCUUGGCGGGUUGUGCGGCGGGCGCAGACGAGGGGGCGCACCGCAUGCAAUGUGCACGCGGCAGCGCUCCAAGCCCCAACAGGCGCUGUUUUUGGAAGCCCUGCCAGCGCUGGCGUGGAGGCGAGCGCGCCAAGCAGUGCGAAUGCUACAAACAGAUUGCGCAUGUCCGAGCCGAACGGGCCAUCAGCCACGGGUGCGGGCGCGGCCAACUGGAGGGCGGAUGGCAGCUCGACGGCAAAUCAGCCUGCGCCUUCGACUCCACGCCAGGCCUCACCAGGGGCCCUGAGCGACCUGCUACCCGCGCCUUCCGGCUCUCCCGAGGACGCGCGGCUCGGCGCCCGCGUGGCGGUUAUUGACGCACGGCUGGCGCACAUUCACCACCAGCUAGCGGCUGUGUCAGCAGCCGUCAACCGCUGGGGCAGUAGCAACGGAAACGGCGGCGGCAGUAGCACACCAUUUACGCCCUCCGAGAGGCUGCUCGCGGCCUUUGCCACCACGACUGGCGGCGGCGGCAGUAGCAGCAGCAGCUGGAGUUGGGGCUUGCGGUCAGCCAGCAGCGGUGGCGGCAGCAUUGCAAGUGGAGGCGGGGGUAGCGCGGGGUCGGCUGCAGGUGCCGCGGCCGCUGCUGCCCUGGCCGUUCCCUCGUCCGCUGCGUCUGCGACACCAGCAGUAGCACCCACAGCACCAGCAGUAGCACCAGCACCAGCGACACCAGGACGGCCACCGGCGCCUGAGCUUUCAGGGCUGUUGGACCCCUCCGGGACGUGGGACAUCCGGUCAGCCGCCGACCUGGAUGCGAGGCUGGGCGUGACGGGCUGCGGCGAGGCGGUGGCUGCGGAGCUGCUGCGGAGCCCAGGGGGCCAGACGCGACUGCUGCGCGCACUGCUGGCUGCGGCGGCCUCACAGCUGCUGGCGGCGCUGGAUGAGGCACGACAUGCCGGCAGCAGUGGCGGCACCAGAACCAGCUACGGCAGCAGCACCAGUGGGCAGCCAGGGGCUUGUGACCGGCAGCUGCGGGCUCCUCUGAUGCAGGAGCAGCAGCAGGAGCAGCGGGGGCAUCAGCAGCAUCAGCAUCGAGAGCGCGAAGGCAGCGCGGAGGCAGAGGUGUUGGCCGAGGCGGAGGCAGCAUUACAGGCGGCUCGGGAGGUCUUCGAGGAGGCGUGUGGUGUGUGCGGGCCCCAGCACCAUGCCCGCUCUGUGAGCGCCAACAACGGCAGCAGCAGUAGCAACAGUAGCAGCAGCAGCAGUAGCAGUAGCCAGGGUCCGAGAAGCAGCAAAAGCCCCGGGCCCAGCGCGGCUGCCCUGCCCACCUGCACGCUGCCCAGCGCGGCGGUGCUGCUGGCUACGCGCGGGCUGGAGGCGGUGCGGCGCUGCGCGGCGGCGGCGGCGGCGGCCUUGAGCCGAGCGGCGGCCCGGGCAGCGGACCUCCCGAGGCACGCUGCAGCGCCGGCGGCGGCCGCACCGGCGGCGGCACCGGCACAGGCAGCAGCAGAUCAGGUUGCGGGGCAGCCGGCCGGUCCUCCCGGUCCUGCGUCGGCAGCUGCCGCUGACGGUGUCUCUGCGCCCGAGUCGUCUGCGGUCGCGGCCGCUGCCAGCGGCGGUGCGAGCUGUGAUGCGACGGAGCUUGCGCCAGCCGGUGGCGGCGGCGGUGGGGGCGGCGGUGGGGGCGGCGGCGGUGGCGGCCUGCAGGUCUGCAUUGCUAUGGGCGGCGGCGGUGGAGGCAGCAGCGGUGUCAGCGGCGGCGGCCGAACAAGCGCUGCCGCGGGCUGUGGCGGUGCAGGUGCCCCGCCGGUCUCGGUGGCAGCAGGCACGGCUGUGUCGGCGGCGGGGGCUGCUGCUGAGGCGCUGGCUCCAGCCGGAGGGAGCCUGACCUCCAGCCCCGCAUCACCCGAGGCCGCUGGCAGCAGCAGCACAGGGGGCGACGGACAGGUCACAGGUAUGGCUGCGGCCCCUGCUACAGCCGCCGCGUCCCCAGCAGCAGCUGUAGCUGUAGCUGCCGCUGCUGCACCUGCCGCUGCCGGUGGGGCCCCGGAAGAGGCAGGAGCAGUAGCAGGUGCCGAUGACGAGCUGUUGUCAGAGCCGUGGCGAGUGGCCCUGACGCUGGCAGAGCUGCUGGUCGCGGAGGCAGAGGCGGCCGCCGCGGCGACGGCGGCUCGGGCAGCGCUGCGGGAGGCCGAGGCGGCCGCGUUGCUGGCCGCCGCGGCGGCGUCAGCCGCAACGGAUGCCAAGGCUGUAGCGGCCAAGGCGUCAGCGGACGCAGUGACCGCCCGGUCCCGCCCGCCGGCCUGGUCGCCGCUGCUAGUGCCGUCUCCGGCAGCAACAGAGACCUCCCCUCGGGCCCUGUAUGUGACGCAAGGAGACGCCGGAGUCGCCGCCGCAAGCAACAGCACGCGCAGCAGCAUGCGUAGCAGCACUCGCGGCGGAAGCGUGGGCAGCCUGUUCUCGGCGCUCGCCGGCGCGCAAGCCGCCUCGCCGCAGCCCGCAGCCAAUUGGCGCAGCACCAGCGCACGCGCUACUGUUGGCAGUAGAACCAGCAGCGGCGCCAGCCAUGGCAGCAGCAGUAGCAACAGCAGUAGCAACGGCAUGGGCACCAGCAGCAGCAACGGCACUGGACCCAAGGCGGCACCUCAGUCCGUACCAGCCUCACCAGUGUCCACCUCGCCCAAUGAGGAGCUGCGACAGGCCUCGGUCUCGCCGCCCGCCGCCGCGCCCGCUGGCGCGGGCACAGCGGUUGGCCCGUCCUCGCCCCCGUCGCCCGCCUCCACCCCCCGGGGCGGCGGCGGUACCCCUCCGCCCACGCCCACCACCUCCACCACCACCUCGACCGCCACCGGGUCAGGGCCCGGGUCCCCCGCGCGGCAGCGGCCGCUGCUGACGCCGGGGCUGGGGCUGGGGCUCGGGCGCAGCGUCAGCCGCCGCGCCGGCAGCCGCAGCCUCAGCAGCAGGGGCGCCGGCGGCAGCAGCAACAGCAUCUUUGGCGGUGGCGGCGGCGGCGGCCGGGCAGCGAGCGGCGCGGCUGGGGGCUCUGCUACAGCCACCGCCGCGGGCAGAGCUGGCAGUAGCUUUGUAACGGACGCCAGGAGCGGCCCCCUGCGGGCCGGCGGCCUGUUCGGCCCGGCCCCAGCACCCGCGUCAGCCGCUGCGCCGUUUGCGCCCGCCGGUGCUUCACCCCGCGCCGCCACACACGGUAGUGCCAGGGCCGCGUCUGCAGCUCGUGCGGCACCCACGCAUACAGUCACCAUGGCGCCCGCCGGCCUACUGGCACCCACCGGGCAUCAGUCGCCGCCACCGUCACCGGCGUCGUCACUGCCAGGCGUUCCGGCACCGGCGCAGGAGGUCGAGCGGCUGGAGGUCAUUGCGGCGGCGGCGGGGGCCUCAGCGCAGCAGUCGGCGGCGGCGGCGCACCCGCCGGUCGCGGUGCCGGCGCCUCAGCAGCAGCCGGUGGCGGCAGUAGCACCGCAGCCGGUGGCGGCAGUAGCACCCCAGCCGGUGGUGGCUGCAGCACCCCAGCUGGGAGCAGUCGUGGUGGGGGUGGCACCGCAGCUGCCGGGAUCGAUGGCCCUAAUUGAGCCACCACCAGCGGCGGACCAGCCAGCGCGGGACCAGCCAACGCCGACGACGCUGCGAACACCGGUGCAAACCCCGCCAACGCCGGCUGUGCGCAGCGGAAUGCUGACUGUGAGCAUUGGCGGCGGCGGCGGCGGCGGGCGCUCCGGAGCCGUGCUGAGUGCGGGCACCUACGUUAGCGCUGGCGGCGGCGGUGGCAGUGGCAGUGGGGCACGCGGCACAUGGGCGGGUGAGGGCAGUGCCGGCACCGCUGCUUCCAGCUCCGGCACAGGGCUUGCCUCGGCGCCACCGCAGCUGGCUGUCGCUGGCGAGGGCCUGGGCAGCGCCUCAGCUGGCACCGCCGCCACCGCAGGCGCUGCUGCCAGCCCCGGCGGCAAGGGCGUUGGCAGCCAGCAGCCUUCUGUCUCGGCGGCAGCCACUGCAGGAGGGAGUGUCGCUGCCGGCACACCUGCUGGGGGCUUUGUACGCAUAAGCCUGGGCGGUGGCAAUGGCGCCAGCACUGGCAGCGGCGGCGGUAGCGGCGUUGGCGCUGGGCCGGCAGCAGCGGUUUCAGCGCCGCAAGCACGCGUGGGGGUGAAGGCAGCCGCGGGCCGCGAUAGCAGCAGCCGUGCAGCGGCGGCCGCGCUGGUGGCGGAGGCUGUGCAGCAGGAGCGGGAGGCGGUAGCCGUUGCCGGCAGCGGCCCGCCAGGCGUUGCGGGCCAGCGCUCGGCCCAGGCAGUGGGCAGCGAGCAGCGGCCCCCGGCACAGCAGCAGGUGCAGGAGCGUGUCGUCGAGCCGCAGCAGUCGCAUGUUGCAGCGGCAAUUGCCGGUGCGGAACUUGACGGCUCGGAACUUGACGGCUCGGCGGCGGAGGCGGCGACGGAGGCGGCGGAGUUUGAGACAGAGGCGGGCGGCAGCAUUGCUGCAGCCGCAGCAGGUGCUGGCGCUGGUGCCAUGGCAGGAACCGUCGUGGUGCCUGUCGCGGGAGAGGAGUGUGCGGUAGAGGCGCAGGCGCUCCAUCCGGGUGGUGGCACACCGGCGCCAGCAGCAAUAGCAGCAGAGCUGACACCGUCACCGGCGCCGCCAGCAGCAGCAGUAGCAAAGUUGACACCGUCACCAGCUCCAGCAGCAGUAGCAGCUAUGACGGUACCGGCGGCGCCGUCGGCCCUGGCGGCGGCGACUGCAAGCGCUGCUGAGCCGCCAAGCCCGCCCAGCUUGCUGGUAUCUCAGCCACACAAGCUCGCUGCCCCCGUGGAAGCAGCGGCAGCAUCAGAAGCAGCCGCAGCCGCCGAGCCACCCACCGCGCCGCAUUACACAGCAGGGCAGGCAGAGCUGGAUCCGGAGCCAGUGACAGCAGCUGCUCAGCCUGAAGCCCACGCCGAUGCCAACUCUGCUGCUCAAGAUGCUGCUGCUCAAGAUGCUGCUGCCGCUGCGGUGGCGGCAGCGCAGGCUGAGGUAAUGGCAGAGGCAGCUGCAAUGGAAGCGGCAGCGGCAACCAAGGCGGCGGAUGCCGCCGCGGCAGCGGCGGCGGCGGAGCUGCGCGCGCAGGCGGCGGUGUCGGCGGCGGAGUCGGCCCUAACGGCUGCGAUAGCGGCGGCAGAGGGGCUGCGGGGCCGGGAGGCGGGCGCGGUGGUUCCUGCGCUGCUGCUGGCGGCGGGCUGCGGCCUGCGGCAGCAGCUGUCGCUGUCGCUAGCGGGGCUGGAGGCGCUGAGCGCGGAGGAGCAGCAGCAGCAGGCGGCUGCAGCAGCGGCUGCAGCGGCGGCGGCGGCGGCGGCGGCGGCGAAUGUUACUACUGGCAGGAGCACUAUUAGCAGUAACGGCGGCGGCGGCGGUGUUGGUGGCGGUCUGCUGGAGCCGCGGGUGGGGCUGGGGGCGGUGGAGUCUUCGGGGCCGCGGGCGCGGCUGCGGCUUAUGGCCGUGCUGACGGCGCCAGCACCCAGCCCGGCGGCCACAGAGAGUGCCACGCUUAGCCUCCUCGCAGCAGCACGGGCGCUGUGCUUCGCACACGCAGCCGCCACAGCCGCCGAUGCCUUGCGGCCGCUCGAGGCGGUGACCGCGGCGGCCCCGUGCACGCUUCCUCGCCUGCAGCACCUGCAGCGGGCGGCGUCAUUGCUUGCGCCCGCUAGCAGCAUCUCUGCGCCGCCGCCGGAGCCACACACGCGCGCGCCGCUGCAAAGCGCGCACAGCGGCACGCCGAGCGCGUGCGGGUGCGACGGUCAUACAGCAGGUGGCGGCGGCCUAGUGCUGAACGGCAGCGGAGGCGGCGGAGGCGGCGGUGAUGCAGCGGGGUAUGCGGCCGCCCGCCUGCCACCUACGCUGCUGGCGACGGUGACGGUGGUCGCCAUGCCCGCACUGCUGCCUGAAAGCCACGACAACCGCAGUAGCAGCGUAAGUGGUGGUACGGGCGGCAGCAGCAGUGGCGCCUCGAACGGCAGCAGCCCGGGUUCUGCUGCCCGCCCGCGAGGCGGUGGGAGCAGCACCAGCAGCAGCGGCAGCCGCACAAACGCCAGUGGCAGUAGCAGUGGCACUGGGGCUCGGAGCGGCGGUGGCAGUGGCUUCACUGGGAGCAGCAGUAGCAAGGGACCCGGCAGGAAGCAGGCGGGCGCAGCGGCGGAGGCGUGGGCAUGGGCAUGGACGUGGGACUUGCAGGCGCUGGUGGCGGCGGGUCGCCUGCCGCCCCCCGGGCCCCUCGGGCCCGGCUGGGCUGGAGCGGUGGAGGCGGAGGCAGUGGCAAUGGCAGCAGCAGCGGAGGCGCAGCUUCAGGCUUUGUGCGGGUCGGGCACUGCUGAGUCCUGGUGGCGGCGGCAGCUGUCACGUGGGGUACCGGGGGGCGCCGGGAAGCCAGAGGAGGAGCAGGGGACUGCCACCUCUGCCACCACGGACCCUGCCGGGGGUUCGGCAGCCGUGCCGCCGCCGCCGCUGCCGCGGGCCGACGUUGGGCUGCUGUGCGGGCAGCUGCCGCAGCUACUGCCGCCUCAGCCCAUAGAGGUGGAGUAUUACACUGUUGCUUAGAAUCGGGAAGCGGCGUCGAGUGGAUUGGCAAGAAUGAGUGUGUCAAUGGAGCGGCUGGGACUGAUUUCUGUAGAGAUACUGAUACUUGUGUGGCGAUUCUCGGCUCUGGGUCAAAGGAGCCUGGGGCGCUACUGCGCGUUUCCGAAGCGUGACGACUGCUGUACGGACAGCGCCCGGCGUGUGGCGUACUGUGCACAAGCGUGUGCGUUCAUGGUGAGCAAGCAAGGAGUGUGGCCCGUUCUGGUGCAUGGAUGACGGUGCUUCAAUGCUGGUGGAACGAAAUGCGUGAUUGCGGAUUGGGACUCGACAUCCUCGAAGAUCAGGCAAUGGGCAAUGGGGAAGUGGGCGUUACCGUACAUAAGCUCUGCAGCCCUUGUGGAGGCGUGUCACGUCAAUUGUCGGCUCAGGGUGGCGGAGGGGUGGCGGGAAUGCGGGAUCUCCGCAAGUGGUGCCGGGUCUGGGGCGGACGUUCUUGGCGGGGGUCCCAGUGCGAGGGUAAGGAGCAGGUUGGCGUUGUCUUGUAGGGGUCCCGGUGCGCGUAGCCUGAGCAGAGGCGCUGGACAAGUUAAGCUGCAGUGCCGUGAGCAGGCCCCGACUUAGAGCGAUAACAACCUUUGUAAUGUUGCGUACAU